AUGCUCCGUGGAGUGCCGCAGGAGAUGCAUUCCAUGCUCUUGAACAAGAAGACGGCGAAGGAGGAUUGGGAAGCAAUCAAGAUGACGCGUCUUGGAGCAGAUCGCGUCAAGGAAGUUAACGCUCAAAAGCUCCUGGCCGAGUUCGAGGCGAUCGCGUUCAAGCCGGGAGAAACAAUUGAUGACUUCGCAAUCCGGAGUCACGGAUCUACGUGGCCUCGGGGAGGAAACUGUGACCGAUGCACGCGUGUAGCAAUCGAGAUGUUCAAGGAUCUGAAAAACUUGACCAUCGAGGAGCUGAUCGGCCAUCUACGGGCGGUCGAGGAAAGAUUUGAGCCCAUGAUGGAGCAGGUCACGGAGAAAGCCGAAAAACUCCUGUUAACGGAGGAAGAAUGGGCUGAGAAGAACAAGAGUCGCAUGGUGUCAGAAUCAUCCACAUCUACUGCAAAGGGUGGUGGAGGCGGUGGACACUUGUUGAAGAAGGAGAAGCACUGGAGGCGCAAGAACAAUGGCAGUGGUGAAGGGUGUGAGCCCAAACUUAUGUCGAUGGGAACACCACGACGGAAAGGAAAAUGCCGCAAGUGCGGCGUCUAUGGGCAUUGGGGAAAGGAGUGCAAGAAAGCACCUCUGAAGGAGCGGUAG